GGGUUUUGUUAAUGGCUGUCGGCGAAGGCCGUCAACCCAGCCGAUCCAGCUGAGUUGCUUCACGCCUUGGAACGAUUUUAGCUCUCACAUAAAACAUAUAUGGAUUCUACGAUACGAUGGCAAACAUCGCCGUACAAAGAAUAAAAAGGGAAUUCAAGGAAGUCGUCAAAAGCGAAGAGGUUGCCAAGUGUGCCAUCAAAGUAGAGCUGGUGAAUGACAACUACACAGAGCUUCGGGGAGAGAUAGCAGGCCCUCCAGACACGCCCUACGAAGGAGGCACCUUUGUCCUGGAGAUCCAUGUCCCCGAGACGUACCCUUUCAACCCACCCAAGGUUCGCUUCAUUACAAAAAUUUGGCAUCCGAAUAUCAGCUCUGUGACGGGCGCUAUAUGCCUGGACAUUCUCAAGGACCAGUGGGCUGCGGCCAUGACUUUGCGGACGGUGCUGCUGUCUCUGCAAGCUCUGCUGGCAGCUGCUGAGCCCGAUGACCCUCAGGACGCUGUGGUGGCUCGCCAGUUCAAGGAGAACCCCGAGAUGUUCAAGCUGACAGCCCAGCAUUGGGCGCAAGUCUAUGCUGGAGGUCCAAAGCACUUCCCUGAUUUUGACGCAAAGAUCAAGAGGCUACUGGACAUGGGAGUGGACGAGCACCGUGCACGUGUCGCAUUGUCGUCAUACUCGUGGGACCUCGAGAAAGCCACUGAAGCCAUCUUCAGCUAAAGCUGUUCUAACCUGGACUGUUGCUCCUUCCCAUAUUUUUCUCUUCUGUGGGUGCUUUCAAUUAAGCCGGCAGAGCUUUGAGAAAGCACAUUUCAUUCUUGUCGUUUGGGGAUACACGGAGUGUGAGAGAGGUGUGCCUUUGGUGUACAGCCGUAGAUGCCAGUAGCAUUUGCACCAUGUCUACUGAGGAGCACUUUAAAAAAUUGCAUGAUUUGAGUAGGAUAAGAAAUCAGUCCCUUAAGAUUUUGCCUGCUUGAUCCUUGUUUUUACAGCUUAAUUGCUAAUCCGGCUCAUGUGCCAGUUUAGUUCAUAACUAGUGAGUGCAUAUUGUGAAUCACUAUACAUACACAAUUGUAAAUGGCAUUGCAAAAAGGCUAUGUUAUAGAUUGCAUGCAAUUGAAAGUAGGGAUCAUUUGUUCUGAGGCUCUCUUGUAUGAACUUGAUACAUAUUUUCAUUCCCUUUUGUGAAUGUUUAUCUAAGAGUCUGCAGCAUAAAUUCUAUUUUUCUAUUGAGCAACUUGAAGAUGGCCCCUUUUUUGCCCAGUUUCUUUUGUCGUUGUGCAUUAAAGGUGUGCUUUUAAACCAUUA